AUGAACCUUAACAACACCAGUUCGGGCAAACAGUACAACAAUGUGGGGGGUGGCUGCCAGUACAACGCGGAGAAUAUCACGAUACGUAAGUUUGCCCAUCCUUCCCCGAAACAAACUUCGCUGAUAAAGUGCAAAGAUCAUGCAGCAAACGACCCUGGCGACAAAGACAGACAGUUUCUCAUCGAUCUGAAGCUCAGCGACCCGCAUCUAGAUAAAGAACAAAUCGAGCGCAUAAAGGGCGGCCUACUGAAGGACUCAUAUCUCCUUUCAGACCAAAGUUAUAAACAUCCCGACAUCAAGGAGGCAGCUCGUCUCCAGGAUCAACGAGCCGGAUGUCUCAAACUCCUCUACACAUGUCCGUAUCUAGAUAGAAAAGACAUCAACCCUGAGCGAGUGGACGGGACCUGCGAGUGGUUUAUUAAACAUCCUUAUUUCCUGGACUGGAAAGAAUCGCUAGAGUCUAAGUUGCUUUGGGUAUCCGCAGAUCCUGGUUGCGGUAAAUCUGUCCUCGCCAAGUACUUGGUAGACAACAUCCUGAUCAGCAACUUGGCUCAGACGACUUGCUACUUCUUCUUCAAGGAAAACUUUUCGGAUCAGAAAACGGCAGUGGCCGCUCUCUGUGCUUUGCUUCGUCAGCUUUUUAUACAGCAACCGCAACUACUCAGCACGUCAAUCAUCGCUCAAUUUCGAAGUGAUGGCAAAACGCUUACUGAGUCGUUUUCUAGUCUCUUUGAGAUGCUCAUCAAAGUGGCGGCACAGAGUUCAACUCAGAUUAUCUGUUUGAUAGAUGCGUUGGACGAGUGCCAGGAGGGUGACCGUCAACAACUCAUUACUGCUCUGAGCAAGUUGUACAAUAAUUCUACGACUCUGGAGCAUCCGUUGAAGUUCAUUUUAACUUCAAGGCCAUACCUGCAGAUUCAAAGGGGCUUUCGUCGGCUUGAAAACAGCUGGCCAACAAUUCACUUGAGAGGGGAGGACGACACGCAGGUCACCAAGAUUGCCCAAGAAAUUGAUGUUUUCGCCAAAAGUCGGAUUCAUGAUAUCUCCGAGACUCUCUCCUUAGAAGGAUGGGAAACUGAGUUUCUAGAAGAGCAAUUCAUGAAGACCGAAAACCGCACGUAUUUGUGGGUGAAGGUGGCCUUGGACGUUAUCGAGAAUAUCCUCUCGUUCACUGAGGAUAGCGUCAAGGACGCCCUCAGAACUAUACCGGAGAGUCUUGAUAAACUCUAUGAGAACAUUCUCAAUCGGAGUCUCGAUGUGGAGAAAGCUCGCAAGUUACUUCAUAUUGUAAUUUCUGCGGCACGACCAUUAACUUUACAAGAAAUCUCUGUCGCUCUAGCAAUGUCCGAAAGCCAUCAGAUUUACUCAGAAAUUCAGAUGGAGCAUUCUGAGCGCUUCAGAGACACUUUGAGGGCAACGUGUGGGCUGUUCGUCACUGUUGUGGAGGGCAAAGUCUACUUUCUUCAUCAGACUGCGAAAGAGUUCCUAGUCAACUUGCAUAACAGUCAAGUUGCAUCCGAGUACCUCACAGCCCCCAACAACACCCCGACAGCAGCAAAAUUCACCUGGAAGCAUGCGUUUUUUCUAGAAGAUUCGCAUGCAAUAUUCGCCAAAAUUUGCACGGGGUAUCUUGCACUGAGAUACACUGACCCUCGCGAGACACGAGAAAAUGUGGAGGAGCAUGUGGAAUUGCAUUAUUCAUUUUUCCGUUACGCAGCAACGUACUGGCAUGAGCACUUCCAAGAAGCUAGAUUCGGCUUGGAAGACACAAUCAAUGACCUGGCCGUUAAGUUGUGCCAAUGGUGCCAAGAAGAAGACAGCCUUGAGUCCUGGUUUCUGACCUUUCUUUCCACGAGAUACUUUUACACUUCGGGGUGUUGGAAGACCGUACUGGAGCCGCCACCUCACCAUGCUUACUUGCCGAGCGAUGAGUCCAUAGCCUUCUGCAAACGGUACGUCGUCGCACCGAGAUUCACGCCCCUCAUCGUCGCUGCAGCGUGUGGCCUCGAGGCUGUGGUUCGAAGAAUAAGUCAUAACGAAAGUUCGGCUCAAUAUGACUUGGAUAGAUUUGGAAGAACAGUGUUAUGGUGGGCAGCAAUAGAGGGUCGCGCUGCGGUUGUUCGUUUCCUCUUAUCUCAGAAAGGCGACGAAGACUUUGACGACUUCUCUCUGAACGGUCUUCAAGGCGGACAAACGCCGUUAAUGAUGAGCUCAAUAGUAGGCCAUGAGUCUACAGUACGGGCCUUUCUUAAAGAUCCCAGACUACGACCAAACGUAGAGAACGAGUGGUCAGAUGCGUUGCAUUAUGCUACUCGAUAUCGACACGAGGGGAUUGCAAACAUGCUCCUUGACGAUAGUCGUACACUUCCACAAAUGACGGAGGCUCAGAAGUGGAGGUUUCUCAAAGCCGCUUUGGCUCAGAGAUAUUCUGACUUGACGCAAGUUGCAGUCAGGUUCAUGGACCCGGAUUACACAGAUACCGAGGGAAACACUGCCUUUACCUUGGCGAUUCACAACAUCGCGAACGCACCGGGCGAAUCGGUCUUACCUCAAGUGAAGGCCAUUCAAGCAGUCGGGACAGUAAACCCAUCCACGCCCGACAAAGACAAUAGGACACCUAUUUGGUGGGCGGCAAAGACGAACGGAGCCGACGAUGUCCUAGAAUAUCUUGCGACCGACCUUGGCCUGAACCCUAACCUCCCUGAAGGGCCUAAGCAUUCCGAACCUUCGCCGAUUGCUUGUUCUGCCGAAAGUGGCAACCUGCGAAAAGUCAAGGCUUUGCUUAAUACUGGGAAAGUCGACAUUAAUGCCGAAUCCCACAAUCCCUUGAUGAUUGCUGUUUCCGCAGCCAGAACAGAAGGCUGUAGGAACACAUGCGCAAGCAGCCUUCAAGGGCCCAUGUGUGCCGCUUGCGAGAUAGUUUCAUUACUACUGUCUCAUGGCGCUGACCCCAACAUGAGGCGUUCUGGUCGCAAUUCGGCCCUCAUGGUGGCCUCCAAAAAGGGUAUGAAUCGGAUUUGCAAGCUUCUAAUCGACCACGGGGCUCUGGUUGACGCCCAAGACAAGCGGGGUCAAAGUUCACUGAUGAAAAGUGCAGCAGGUGGUUUCGAAUCGACGGUCAAGCUUCUCAUCGAUCACGGGGCUCUAAUUGACGCCCGAGAUGAGCGAGGUUUCAGUCCACUGAUGAAAAGUGCAGCAGACGGUUACGACUCAAUGGUCAAGUUUUUAAUUGACCACGGGGCCCCGAUUAAUGCCCAAGACGAUUGUGGCGUUAGUUCACUGAAGAAAAGUGCAGCAGGCGGUCACGAAUCAACGGUCAAGCUACUGAUCAGCAAUGGGGCUUUCGUUGAUUUGCGAGACGACCAGGGGAAAACAGCCUUACAUGUUGCUGUGAGGAAAACGCACCUCGAUAUAAUCCAAUGCCUUCUAGAAGCAGGGGCGGACCGCAAUGCUCGAGAUAGAAAUGGCAACACACCUCUCGAUUUGGCCACCAGGCCACCUUCGCGUAUGAGGAGGUCUCGCCACGGCCGGAUGUACAUGUUGCCCAUAUUUAGUACAAGAUGGGGAUGGCGAUUGGCACAACAGCAGAGAACUCUUCUGCUGUUCGGGUUAUCCGCAGAGUCUGCCUCGCACCAGAUUCCUGCUCAUGACGACGUUUUAGUUGGCGAUGCCGAAACGCUUAGUUCUUGCCCAUCCUCCGCGGAUUCGGAUUCGUCAGAUGUUGACAUCAACUGGGGCCAAUUCCAGCCAUUAAACUGA